AUGUUUGUUGUAUGUGAAUGGGCCAACAGUGAACAGUUACUGGAGGAUUGCUUAAAAAUGGAACAUCUUUGUAUACUGCUGAUUCAGUUCGGUCUUGGCUAUCUUACUGGGCAGGAUGCGUCAUCGCCGAAUGUUUUUCUUGAAAAGACCGAUACGCUAUUGAAUGUGGAUGAACGAAGCGAUGAGGAUGGUGCGAGAAGUGGCGCUGACGAAUGCUUUGAUCUGAGCGAUCGUUUAGGUGGCUUAGGCAAAUGCUUCAUGGAUUUUCUGCAAUUUUUGACAUCAAGACGAUUCGAAACGAUGAAAUUGAUCAACUUCAUGCAUCCGAACCUCGGAUUUCAUUCGAUUCUAAUGCGUGGACAGUGGCGACAUCUGCAUAAGGCACGUUCACUGUUCGUCUUAUGA